GGACGCGUUGACCAAUCAGAGGAGCGGGCUGUGGUGGACGCAUGCGCAGUGCGCGUGUACGUGUUGUUCCCAACAGCAGCCCGGAGGAGCAGAGUCCGGCUCUGAGAGACGUCUCUCCGAAAUACUGACGAAGCGCUUUUGCUUUCAUUUCCUCAGUUUGGACUCACUGCAGAGGGAAGGAGCCCUCAUCAUGGCCACUGCUGCUUCUGCUGCGCCUCCUGCUGUUCCUCCUUCCACCAAAGGCAGCCUGAGAGAGGAUCUGACCUGUGCAAUAUGCUGCGACUUGUUCCGUGACCCCGUCAUGCUGGACUGCAUGCACCACUUCUGCAGACCCUGCAUCUCCAGGUACUGGAGGGGAACCCAGGGGCCUGUGACCUGCCCGCAGUGCCGCAAGGUGUUCACCUGCAGGCAGUUUCAGACCAACUACCUGGUCACUGCCAUGGUGGAGAAGGUCAGGGCCACCACCUCGCACUCCUACAUACAGAACCUGGAGAAACAGCUGAAAGAGACGUUGGAGAGCCACCGCUUGCGGAGGGAGGACUACAUUAACAGCAUUCACAGAGAAAGAGACAAGAUGGAAACAAUAAAGAGAUUUGGAGCAGAUCUGCAGGUCCGUGUCAAAGCGGAAUUCAGAGCUCUCCAUCAGAUACUGGACGAUGAGGAGUCGUGUAUGCUGGAGCAGUUGAGGAGGGAGCAGGAGGAUGAGCUGGAAAAGGUCCAGCGCCACCUGGAGGCUGUCAAACUGACCGUGAGGGAGCUGGAGGAGAACAUGAGAGUGCUGCAGCAGGCUAGUGCUUCCACUGAAAACAUCGUACUGACCGAGCUCCCAAAGCUAAGACCAUGUGCACAGGUGGAUGCUGCCCCAGAGUUCGAUACAAACACUUUCAGCAACAAAUACAUGGCCCCCUUACAGUACAUCACAUGGAGAAAGAUAUUCAAGUCAUUGAAGCCAGGUCCGUCCCCACUGAUGUUUGAUGUGGACACGGCGCACCCGAGCGUCAGAGUCUCCAGGGAUAAAACCGUGGCGGUCGAAUGUGACGGCAUGACAUGGCACUCUGACAACAGCAAGCGCUUCCUCCAGUGUGUUAAUAUUCUUGCUGCCCAGGGCUUCCACUCAGGGCGCCACUACUGGGAGGUAGAAGUGGGCUCCAAAUCCAAAUGGGACCUGGGCGUGGCCUCGGAGGCUGUGGACAGACACUCGCGGAUCAAGCUGUGUCCAGAAAGCGGCUACUGGACUCUGCGGUUGCGUAACAGGAACCAGUACUCCGCCGGCACCCAGCCCUGGACCAGGCUGCAGCUCGGGUCGUCCCCUCAGAGGCUCGGUGUUUUCUUGGACUGCGAGGAGAGGAGGGUGUCCUUCUACAAUGCAGACGAUAUGAGUCUGCUCUACUCGUUCACCAAUGGGCCGAGGGGCAAAGUGUUCCCCUUCUUCAGCCCGUGCAUCAGUGGCAGCAGUCAGGAACCUCAGCCUAUCAAACUCCUCCACUACCCGCCUCUUGCGCUGUCCGGCUAACAUGGCCGCAAUCAUUUCACCACAAGCUUUUUAAUUUGUAAGAGCUGUCAAUUCACUAAAGCCUGUUCUCCCUCAGUGAUUUGAGGACAUUAUUGCCAUAGUUUGCAUUACGGUGCCAAGAAGAUUGUACUUGCUGUUAUGACUGGUUAUUACCAGAUUCUUCUAUUUCCUAUCCAAAAAAAAACUUAAAGACCUUGAAAUGUUAUGAAAAUCUCCACUUAAACAAAAUUCCAUUCUACUGUAGUCAUUCUAAAGAGGUUCAUCCAGAAGGUCGGAGCGGUCAGCAGAAACACAUUAAAGCACCCCAUCAUUUGGGUUGAAUGUAGUGAAGCUGAGAUGCAUCUAAUUAUAUUUCAGUACUGUUCAACCAAUGAUCAGCUAUAGAUGUAUAUUUGAUGAUUAUUUCUGUCUGUCGGCUCACUUCUAAUGUUUCUUUUAAAGCUUUGAGUUAAAUCAUAAGAGAAUCAUAUUGAAUUUUACUUUGAGAUUCUGUUUGAUUAAAAUAGUUUAACCUGAUUUAUACAUUAGUAUGAAAUGAAAAUUCAGUGUGUUUUUAUUUGAGAUGUUUCUUGAUGUAACUUUAUAGCACUUUAUGAGUUCUUAUGCUGAUUGAGCUUCUGUUGAUCCGUCAUUGCACAUUCAUUUAUAUACAUUACAUGUGCCUAGAAUGCGUGGUAUCAUGAACUUGAUUGUUUAUUAGUUAUAGUGGCUGAGAGAGCGACAGGAUUCAGUCCAUACAGUACAUUUUGCAUUGUUGUCAUGUCAGUUAGAUGCUCGAUGAUGUACAAGAUCAAAGACCCAUAACAGUUAUUGUAAAAAAAAAAAAA